GUCAGAGCCAGAAUUUAUUCACUGAGGAUAUUUCUACCAAGGUUCAUCUUUCUAUUAACACAGUGCAUCUGUUCCCUGAACGUCAGUUUAGAGCAAACCAGCCUGCAAUGCCUUGUUCAAAACUGGAAAAGGCAACUCAUGAGAGAUUUAGCUUGAGUGUUGACACUGACAUUAAACCAUCUCAGGGUGACCCUGACCGGUCAUGUCAACCUCAAACCAGCCCAGCUAAACCUGACUGCAGCCCAAAACAAAAGAAGACACAGUACACAAAACAUAGAGAAACCGGUGAUGUUAGAAACACUGAGCACAACCAUGUAAAAAGUCAGGUGAAUGUGAACUCAAAGAAUGUGUUUGGUCAGCCUCGAGUGAUCGCAUCACUGCGAGCAGCAUGUUCCCCGCGGCCUGUUCGCAAGAGCACAGUGGUGGAGGACUUGAAAAAACUCAUUGUGAUGGAUGACACACAGGACAGCGCUCAGGGUGAUUCAUCACCUCAACAAAAAGAGGCGGGGCUUUGCAGCAGUUUGCGAAUGUCAGGUUCAUACCCAAGUCCAUCAUUAUUCAGUCAAGCUUACCAAUCAAACCCAGAGUCUCUCGCACUCACACCCAUCCAUCUCCACCUGGAAAAACGUCAAACAGGCAAGAGUUAUUCCUUCUAUGAAGCAUAA